GGCGGUGCGUCCGUGGGCAUGGUUGGGGGGCCCUACCCACCAACAAUGGGAGGAGGUCCUACCGGCGGUCCUGGUCCCGAGUCGCCCUUCUUAUAUCACAACUCCAACGCGCAGAAUAUGAUGUCCUCACAACAACAGCAACAGCAUAAAGCAGCAACUUCGGGUAUGAUGAGCGGAAGCGAAGCCGCCACAGGAUUUCCUCCCUUAGGUCCUUCAGGCGGCGGUCGGGGCAUGUACGUCGGUAGCCAGCAAGGGGGUGGUGGUGGUGGUGGUGGAGGCUCCUAUCCAAUGGGCGAUCCCGGCUUCCCUCGGGGUACAGGUGGUCCCGGGGGCUACCAGCAGCCAAUGAUGAAUGGAGUCGCUGGACAGCGAAUUUCCCCGCAACAACAGCAACAACCACAACAGCGUAGCUCUGGUGGUCCUCCAAUGCCUUUGGAUCCCAACACAGGACGCCCGCUUCCAGUUCCUGGCUAUCAGAUGAACAAUUCAUAUGCC